CGCUCCGUAAUGCUUGCAUAAUAAUAAUGACGGAUGCCGAUCGCGCGGCGGCCCCUUUGAUCUACGGAGCGUUUGAUCUCGCCGCCGACUGGUCCCGCCGCCCCUGCCGCAUAAACGAGCCCGCCUGUUACCUUUAUUCGGUCCGACGCCGCGUACGGAGCCGGCCCUUCGCCCUCGUUCUAAAUAGAGGCUUUUGUAAACGGGGAGCUACCGUGAGCGCGCUGUGGCAGUGGUGUUUGCGCGGUCAGUAUGGGGUGCGGUCGCCGCGGGCGCUCGCCGCGCUUCUCGAACCGUUCUUAGUGAUGUUUCCGCGCCCUCAAGGUCGGUGCUGCCGGUGCUGGCUGACAUGGACCCUAUGUGUGCUGUUGUACGCUCCAAGUGACAGCGUCGCUCCACCGGAUAGCUUGAGAUUAGUUUGGCUCACUAAUUCCUCUCUAACGUGCAAUGAUGGAUCGCCAGCGGGCUAUUAUAUACGGCGUGGCACAAACAGUCAUCACUGGGUGGUGUACUUGGAAGGUGGAGGAUACUGUUGGGACACGAAGUCAUGUGCAGCGCGUUGGAGACGUAGACCCGGGCUCAUGUCUUCAACGCGAUGGCCUCGAGCUCGCCGUGCCCCGGCUAUUCUGUCAAUGGACCCAGAUGCAAACCCGUUAUGGCAUAACUCAAACCACGUGUUGUUACCCUACUGCUCAAGCGACAUGUGGGCUGGAACAAGGAUUAAAACGCAAAACGACUCAUUUGCAUUCACGGGACGUUUAAUAGUUAAAUAUGUCCUUAAUGAAUUGUUACAAUUUGGAUUACGUGGUCGACUUUUACUAGUCGGAUCGAGUGCUGGGGCAGCGGGAGUUAUGUUCCAUGCAGACGCUACAAGAAGAAGUCUUAGGACACAUGGCGUUCGUGUGGCGGCUAUCGCCGAUUCUGGGUGGUUUCUCGAUAGACCACCGAGAGCGAGACGGUCAUUUUCCGUAGAUGCAAUAGCAAGACUUGGACAUACUUUAUGGCAAGGAUCACCGCCAUCGUCUUGUGUACGACAACACAGAGAUAAACCGUGGCUCUGCUAUUUUGGGUAUCGCCUCUAUCCACACAUAAGGACACCAUUGUUUGUAUUUCAGUAUUUAUUUGAUUCAGCGCAACUAACAGCGGAAGGUGUACGAGCCCCGCGUACAAGAGCGCAAUGGGAUGCCGUACAUGAGACGGGGACUGCUCUCCGUGCCAGCCUUAAAGGCGUGCGAGCAACAUUUGCUCCUGCGUGCAUUGCGCACGGUGCUUUAGCGAGACCUGAGUGGCUGGCUAUUAACGUGUCCGGUAUUUCCCUUCCAAAAGCGAUUAGUUGCUGGGAGCGUCGCUUGAGUAGUAGAAAUAGAGGUGAAAAGACCAGAUGUGCACCGCGCAGGCUCAUCGAAAGAUGCUCGUGGCCGCAGUGUAACGGCUCCUGUCCACGUUUGCGCGACCCGCGGACGGGUGAAGAAGUAGCAUUAGCUGCUCUACUUCAAAGCUUCGGGUUAGAUGUGAAUGGAGCUGCGGCAGCCAUGGGCUUAGACGCUCGAGCUUUAUCAAGAAUGAGUCGAGCUGAACUUUUGCCUUUAUUGGCACCACAUACGUGAUAUUUAAUAGACUGUUUAUGUGCAUUUAGCACGAAGAAUCUACCUCGUUUUUGUUGCAAGUACAAUUAUUAUUAAUGUUAGUUAUUAUUUAUUGUAAUGAGAUGCUGCAGUAUUUA